UUAGUGUGAGCUUAAGAAUGUAUUUGGUCAUGGAAAGCAGCUUAGUUCAAUUUCAGCGCUCUUGCUGUGUUCAGUUUUUCUGUUUUGAAUGUACGCCAGCACAUUUGAAUGAAGUAAGUUUUUUAAGUUUUUUGCGUUUUCAGGCUAACUUUACUUGAAUUCUAAUUUGAAGAAAUGUUUAUCUUAAUAAGUAGUAUUUGUUUUUUCUGUACUAUAUUUUUCCACUUCAUAGACAGCAUUAAAUUUGAAUGAAACUGAAAUCAAAGCCAGAAUACUGUUUUGAGUGAAAACAAUCUCAAAUGUUAGGCGCUUUAUAUUGGAAAAAGCAGUGGGAGCUUUUUGUGUUACACUUAAACCCUCAGUGAGCGUUUGUCACGACAAACGACAUUCCUGCCCGUCGGAAACAAACCCAGCAGCGAUGCCGGUUGGUCAUCCGGCGACCAGCAGCUCCUCUCUACGGGUUCCUACCCAGCCUGGGACGGCCGCGCUCAGGAGCCGACACCCGAACCUGCUGGACACCCUCCUGGCCCAUCUUGGUCCGGGCCAUCGUCAUCCCUAAGCGAGGAAUGGAGGGACGCCUGCAGACCCCGCAGACCCCCAGGAGCUGCAGCUCACCGGGACCUGCUGGGAAGUCCUGCUGGAGCUUGGAUGCGAGUGUGGCCGUGCUUCUGGUGACCCUGGUUGGAGCUUUAUUUCUGCUGAUGCUUUACAAACUCUUACAGCUGAGACACAGGCUGAGGUUGGCCGGGGCGAGGAACGCGCUGGAGUACCACAGCUUCCACCACUCCGCCACCUACACGCUCAGACACGCCGCGUUGUUUGAGGACCUGGCGAACAAGAAGGCCCCCGACCCCGAAGCCGCACCUGAGUCCAAUCAAACCGCUACCACGGUGACAUGCGCAGUCAUCAAACCACUUCCGCCCCCACUGCUGCAUUCUCCGCCCCCUCUGCCGCUGCCCCCACAUCCUUUCCCGCCGCCCCCGAUGCACCAGAAUCCUCCCACCCUCACCCUCACCCCUUCCGUCUUGGCCUUCGCUCUGCCCGCGAUCCACACCAACCCGCCAAGUCCUCACCUGUCGUGGGGCGCGUGCUCAGACGCAGAUGUGUACUCUCGGAUCGGAGCGUUCAGGCCCUCCAGGCUCUCCAGCCUCUCCAACCAAUCCAAAGUCAUCCUUUUCGAGCACUCGUCUCUCUGACUUUUGAGGCAGAACAUGACUGGAGACGUCGAAAAGACUUCAUAGCGAAUACCAAAAACACUGCUGACGCAUGUAUGCAUGCAUUAUGCUGUGUGCUCAUCUCUAAGUACUGCACCUUGUAUCAGGACGCUGCAAAAUUCAGGAGCAACACCACUGUUCUUAUGCUUUUUUUCUAUUGGGGAGUGGAGUUUUCUUCAGAAUUCGGACUAGUGGACGAACUGCAUGGAGGUUAUGUACUCAAAAUAUAUAUAUUUUCUCACUUGUUCUGGGGGUUGUAUUAAAAAGUUAUCGCUUACAUGCUCUGCUUGCUCAUCAUUGACAGCCUUACAACCUCCAGUAUUAUCUUUUCAACAUUUUGGUUUAUAGCAACUUUAAGAAGGCAAUGGCAGUGAUCUGUAAGGUUAAAGCAUGUCAAGGCCUCAUGUGCUACAACACCGACAGUGAUGCAGAAUCACAGCUAUUGCUCUUCUGCUGAAAGAUUCCCUUUAGCCCAAAAUCAGCGAGGAUCAUUCCUGAUGAAUGAGAAGUCUUGUGCAAGGAGAGGAGUGGUUUAAUUGGAUAGAUACUCACCAUCCUGAUGGCUUUUUUUUAUUGGGUCUGGAGCUUUCCUUAGAGUAGAUAAAAGCCCAGAAAUGGUUAUUGUGAGAAUGAGAGUGGGCAAAUUGACCCGACUUCUCUUAUCUAAUUACUUAUUUAAGAGUCAGUGAUGAAAGAUGAGUUGAUGAAUGAUGACACAAGCGUAGAGAAACCUUAUACAAAGUUCAUAUGGUGUAAACUUGGCCAAACUUUCUUACUUAAUUCAAUGCUCCGCAGUCAAUUAUAUUUUUGUGGGAAAGUCCUGAUGUUUGAAUUGUUGCAGAGUCCAUUGUUUGACUGAAUGGGGCAUUUCCUCAGUCAGUUUUCCAUGCACGUCCCUCCCUUUUUCACACUGUCCUCCAUUUCCUCUGAUUCUCUCACUGGAGCAGUCUAUCAGUGUCUUAUAUCAUGACUCAAAAGAGCUUUUUAUAUUCAAACAACUGCUCCAAUCUCAGACAUUAAUUUUAAAUAGUUCAUUCCUCUUUGUAACAGUUUAAGGAAGAUAGAAUUGUUGAAACUGCAACAUUUGAGUAGUGUAUCAUUGUUGACCAGACUAAGACAUAUUCAGAUCGUCCUCUAAAGCAGCCCAGCCGGCACAACGGUAACCUCUCUCCGUUCUGUUGAUCCGACAGCCUGAGCGUACACUAACAAGCUGUUAAAUUGCAUUUUUGUCUUUUUAACAAUGUUUUCCCAGCGAGCUUCUCAUUUAUAAUUCAACAAUAGUUUGUAAAUUCAUAAGGGACCUUGCUGUUACUUUCCGCUGAAAACCGAGACCUCGUGUGCCAUUCCUCCUCCUCUUCCUCCUCCUCCAGUCUCCUCUGUAUCAAAGUCCGUUAGCGAGGCCGCUGUCUCCUUACUAAAAGCCAGUUAAUCCAAUCUGUGCAUGUACCGCAGCAUUGUCUCUUAAUUGGUUGUAAGCUGAGCAGGAAAGGCAUUUCAACAACAUACAGCUCCUGCAAUUAAAGAAAACAAAAGGAAGAUGGAAGGGAUGAAAAUGAAUGUCUUUGCCCUGGUUGACUUUUCCAGUUUAUCCUCGGGAUGCUCGUCCAGCACACGUCUGUCCGAGCGGGGAGGAAGAAGCAGACGCAGAAGGGUUCUGUGUUCCAUAGAUUGUGGAUAAAUCCAGACGUGUUAUGGAUGUCAACGUUCUAAUCUGCUGUACCAGCCAUUCGAAGCAGUUCUACCUCAUCCGGAAUAAUUACACCUUACUAGAAAUGGAAAAAAACUCUCUGCUUCAGUCUAGUCAGAGGUAGCAGGACUUUGUUGAUCUGUUGAAUAUGGUGAGCUGAUGGUGCGGGCGGACGCUGGGUUCGGUGGUUUGUGUCACUCGAUUACAGCUGAUAACAGCGACAGUAUCAUUGCAAAAACGUAUAAAGCUGCACCCUUGGGUUCCCCCUCAGGUGAGCACUGUUAGCUCUAUCAGCACUUUUGCGGUUGAUUAAACUGUGCGGACGCGGCUGAGAGCGGCAUUUAGUAAACGCCGUGUCCUUGUUCCUGAAAUGAAAGUAACGUUGAACGGAUUUGUUUGAAAGUUGACACACUGCUGCCUCAUAAAUCUGAUCCUGACUGCCUAUCAAUGACUUUGUCCCAGAAGCACUUGACUCAAAUUGCAGAGUCUUGGUAAUUGCAUCUGCCCUCUUCUCAUCUCCUGAGAGGAAAUGGAAUUUUUUUUCCAAUUUUCCGUCAGUGUCGGGUCCCCUCCAUGCUUCCAAAACAACUUAUUGGCUUGUUGCUUAGUGCUGUGAAGUGGAGGCGAGCGUUUUGAAGCCUGGAGUUUGGUGACUUUGCCUUCCCCGUCCUGAAUUUCGUCCGUCACCAUGCUGUUAUUUUUAUAGCAACCACUGAAUGGAGUUUACUUUAUUCAGAAUGCUGAAUGGUGGCAUACAGGCGCCGUAUACGCCUCAGCUGUUCUCGUAUGUGACUUAUGGUCUAUUUUACUCUAAAUGGACAAUGAUGUACUCAAUGAACAUUGCGCUAUGUUGAAGCUUUGAAACUAGUAAUCGAGGCCAUAAACUCAUGUUUACAAUGUUUACUGAGAUCAGAAUUCAAGUGAGAAUUUGGGUUUAAAUUCUGAUUGACUUCAAUUAAAUCAGACUUCUUUUGCCAACGGAGGCGCGAAGGUUGAAACACAUGACAAAUGCGUAAAAUAACUGCUUGUGCUGAAAGGGAAUUCAACUUUUUUAGUUUGUUUUUGUUCCCACAUAUGUGGUUAUAUGCGGUCAGUGGAGUUGCUCAUAGAGACAUGUUUCAUAUUUAAUCAUACUUGAUCAAUUUACUAAAUAUGCACGGGCCGGUUAACUAAACAUCUCUCCUGAGGUUGUUUAUAGAAACGUAAAUUUACCAAAAAAUGUUCCAUAACUAAAUCCUAAAUGUAGUUUUGAUCGUCCUUGGCAAAGAAACAUAGUUCUGAACACAAAAUGAAAACACUUAUUGAGUGAGGACAUCUAGAAUUACUUUACCAAGUGACACAAUUUGCUGUUUUCAAUCGAUGUGUGCGUUUGGUAUUUUAAAGUGUUGUAAUGUUAUUUAAACCUUCAAAAUGUAAAGGAAUUGAACACAGUGGGUUACUGAACAAAUCUACUCUCGCAGAGAUACUCACUCGUCCAUCAUCAUUGUCCCACUACUACAUCAACAGUGUUUUGAUUAUAUAUUUUAUUCUUCUGCUUUUGUGUCUACACAUGUGAGGUUUUUAAACUGGAAUUGGACAGAUAAUUGUCAGCAAGAUGAGCAUGUUUAAGUCCCACCACAGUGUCCUAGAGGAACUAUAUUAUUUACAUCCAAGGUAGGGCUACUGUUCAUUGAGUACAUCAUGGUCCAUUUAGAGUAAAAUAGACCAUAAGUCACAUACAAGAACAGCUGAACCGUAUCCGUCUAAAACAUGACGUAACAAACCGUGACGGUAGUUUAGCCGCUCUUCACGCGUGCUCAGCAAAAUACUUUUAUAAUCAAUGGAAAUAAAGAAAUAGAUACUAAUUUGGCCAGAGACAGCACAAAUGUCGCUAAAGGCACAGCUCCAUCAACUUGGAUAUUAGUUCUUCUCUCAAGGCUUUAUAUAGGUUAAAUGUAUUUAACGUACAAAGAUAAAAGUAAGAAAGAGCUGAAGAUA